GAUGGGGCGCAGAAUUUGGAUGGAAGAUCGGGCAAGCUACGAGCGACCGUAUAUGAUGCGGUUGCCGGCAGGGUGGGCUACGAAGGCUUACUGCUUGAUAAAGGAGGCAAUCCACUGCCCCCGGACCAAGUCCUGUACAACAAAGCGGAUGCACCUAUUCGAUUCGCAGAGAACGAUGACUACUUCGCGCACCGUUGCCUACCUCCUGAUCAGCGACUGCCGGACUCGGAUUUGCUCAAAGCCAUUCAUGCGUAUGCAUCCGAUUUCUAUGACUCGGGAGCCCUAGGACAAACUCGAAAUGACUUCCGCAGCCUCGAUGAGACUGCGCUUAUAGCGAUGGGUAUCCUGAUUGAGGAAGCUGUCGCUGCAUCUCUCGGCAGCACAGGCGAUUUGGCCUUCGUGGAAGACGCAAAG